AUGCUGCAUCCGGAGUCUCCCGUGCGGAUGAUGUGGCUAAUGCCCGCCUUUGUCUUCGUUCUCGGGGAGGCGUUCCUGGUGCCUUUCAUGCUCUCCUUCGAUGUGGAUACCCAGCCGAACAGCGUGGUCCUUGGCAUCGCGUUCCGCGUCAUUGACCUAUAUUUUCUGGCCGACAUCCUUGUCACCUUCCUCACAGGCUUCCGUCAUCGCCAUGGGGCCUUGGUCCUCCUGCCCUCCGCCGUGGCAAAGAAAUACAUGACAGGCUGGUUCGCGCUGGAUGCCGUUGCUGCAAUCCCAUGGUCGUGGAUUGGAGACAGCACGGCUGCGCAGGUGGACAUGUAG